CUUUUACGUGGCAUAUAUAUUGAAGAAACGGCUAUUGAAAUCAUCAUUUGUACAACUCAAAGAGGCGUUGGAUACAAAUAGCUAUAAAAGAAAAUAAUAAAAGAAACAUCGCUUUACUUUGAGUCUCUCUUUCUCUCAAACUCAUGAGAGAGUAAGAUUAGAUCAGUUGUCCAUAGGCGGCCAUGAAAAGCGCGAUCAGAUGCUGCAUCUCUUGCAUUCUGCCGUGCGGCGCGCUCGACGUCAUCCGAAUCGUCCACACAAACGGCCGCGUUGAGGAAAUCAGCGGCGCCGUCACGGCCGCCGAGAUCAUGAACCUCCACCCCAAACACGUCCUUAAAAAGCCGUCGGAAUCCGGUAUGUGCCCUAGGAUCGUCGUCGUGCCGCCCGACGCGCAGCUCAAGCGAGGCAAAAUUUACUUCCUCAUGCCUCUUCCGCCGCCGCCGCCAGAGAAAUCGCGAUCGAAGAGGAAACGGAGAGAUUCCGCGCGAACCACCACGACGACGGAGAAGACCGGAUGCAGUAUUUCCAUGGCGAAUCUUCUGAUUUCCGAUCGCUAUCUGAGCGAGAUUCUAUCGGAGAAAAUCUCGACGCAGAGAGAUCGGCGGCGCGGCCGCGUUGGCGUGUGGCGGCCGCAUUUGGAGAGCAUUUCGGAGACGCCGGCUGCGUGAUGUUGAUUGCUCCUUAAUUAGUGUUUAUUUUUAUAAAUAAAUACGUGAAUUAGUAUGGUUUGAUAAUUGAAACUAUAUUGGUCAAACCUUGUUUUGGUGUUUUGAUGUUAUUAUAUCAGUUUUGCUUGUACAUAAGUAUUUGAUAAAUUACGCGUGAGAAAAUAAAAAUUCAUCUCUGAAUACUGAAUUGUGUUGUUAUUGAGUAGUUGUAUUUUUUUGUUAGUUUGGAUGGGUGGCGGUGGUGGUCUUUCCGGCGACAGGAAAAGUGUGUUUACAUUGAUAAAAAAUGAGAAAAUUCAUUUUUGUGGAGA